CGGAAGGGAGGCAGUGGCUCCUGAAACCUGGCGUGCACAUACACACACAGAGGCAGAAAGAUGACAGCCGGUGUGUGUGUGUUUUUUGCGCUUAUAGCCUCACAUGUGAUGCUCCAUCCCGCAACGGCAAAAUCGGCCAAUUUAAGAGUGAUCACAGAUGAAAACUGGGAGGAAAUCCUUACGGGGGAAUGGAUGAUCGAGUUUUUUGCUCCAUGGUGCCCAGCCUGCCAGCAGCUGCAGACCGCGUGGAAUGAGUUUGCAGAAUGGGGUGAAGAUAUCGGAGUCAACAUUGCCAAAGUUGACGUCACAGAGCAACCAGGUUUGAGCGGGAGGUUUAUCAUCACAGCUCUUCCAACUAUUUAUCACUGUAAGGACGGCGUGUUUCGGCGAUAUCAAGGAGCCCGAUCUAAAGAUGACUUCCUGAGCUUCCUUGAUGAGAAGAAAUGGGAGAGUAUAGAGCCGGUCUCCUCCUGGUUUGGUCCCUCAUCCAUCCUGAUGAGUGCAAUGUCAGCCCUUUUCAAGUUAUCCAUGUUUAUCAGGCAUUGCCAUAAUUACUUAACGGAGCAACUAGGGGUCCCAGUUUGGGGUUCAUAUGGAAUAUUUGCUCUGGCAACACUUUUCUCAGGGUUGGCCCUUGGAUUGGUGCUGGUUUUCGUAGCGGAUUUUGUGUUCCCGUCACGGCGGUUUUCACCAGAUUAUUACCACAGGAAACAACCUACUGGGCAUGUCCGUCUGCAGCAGUCAGAAGAUGAGCAGGAAGCAGAUGGAGAGGAAGAGGACGAUGAAGAUGAAUAUGGAGAUAAGGCUGAAGUGUGGAAGCGAAUGGACGGAGCUGAUGCUCUUAGGAGAAGAGGAGUGGGGGUGACAGAGGAGGACACCUAGAACACUUAUAGUGGAACUGCUUCUAUUACUGUGCACAGAACUAUCACACAAACCACAUCGCAAUGGCAAUGGCUACAUGUGCUGCCAUAGCAUUACUCUUUGAGCUUCAUGAUGUCACAUGUGAGAUCAUAGCUCCCUCUCAAACAUUCAGUCACUUCCGACUGAAAAACUGACGUGGUUAGAAUCUUUCUCACUUCUGGCGCUGGUUUGUGUGUGUUUUUCCCAUCUCACAUUAUUAUUACACUCCUUUCUAUGCAGAAUGUCCGGAAUGUGUGAGCUAAAAAAUAAAAGGAUCUUUAAGGAAUUUCUUAAAUUACAGUUGCAAUAUUCCCCAUACGUCUACCGAGCAAUUAACCAAGAUCAAACAACAACAACAUCACUGUGACUCUGCAGUUCAGCUGCAAAUGCAGCAUUUUGGAAUUUGAAUGGUUUUGUGAUAAUUUGUGAAUAUUUUAGUAGUUCAGCUUUUUGAAUGCUUGUUUUACAAAGCUUGAAUUCUAUUUACUAUUGUUUUAACAGUUUCUUCCUCUGAGUUUGACUUUAUACCGUUUGAAUUUGGUUUUCAUUGUAGCGGUUUUGAAAAACAAAAAAAGUCUGAAUUAACACCUGUUUAAUACUGUAUAUGUGCGUGUAGAUGAUCUUAUAGUUUUACACUUAAGAAAUUGUGCUGGCAGGGAGUUCCGUUCAUUUUAACUUCCACGUUCAUAAUUUUGCAUAUGUCACAGUCAUAUGUGGAAGUAUUUGAGUGUAUUAUGUUACAUUUUGCCCAUUUCUUUUUGAAAAAUGUCUUCCAAUAUUUUAUCUUCUUAUAUUUUCAGACUUUAACUUGCAGUCAUUUCUAAAUCCUCAUGAUUUUUGCUUUUUGACCCUUAUCUAACCUAGACUAAUCCUCUAGAAUUCAAUAUGUGUUGCUCAGUUGUUUACAGCAACAGAUGCUGGAGUGUGAAUGUCUGCACCUACAACUCUUUUGCUUCAAGUGUGUGGGAUGUUUUUGGAUUUGCAAUGGUGUGAAUCAGGACUGUUAAUAAACAGUUUGAAGCUGC